AUGCGAGUUUUAUUACAUUUCGGACUUUUAUUUACAAGUACAUUUGCGGCAAGCCUGUAUUCCAGUAUUUAUAGUGAUUUAAAAAGGCAUGCUCAUAUAAGAGUAGCUCGAGAAACACGUGCAAAAACGGAUUGUGCUGAACCUUGCUCACUGGGAAAACUUUUCUGUAUGAAUGGAUCGUGUGUUCCGGUAAAUUGCAGCUUCAAGUGUGAAUGCCAAACAGGAUAUGACGGAUGGUUUUGUGAACGAAAGGUACCGACAGUUGCGGAGGAAUUUCAAGUUUUAUCAGCAAGUACUGUUGUGACCAAAGGCCUCUCUUUUGAACAAACUAAGAGAACCAUAUCUUCAAUAAAUACUCUCGAAGAUAUAACGUCAUCGAGAAAUAUUAAUGUGAUCUCAUCAUCAUCAACAACAUCAUCAUCAUCAUCAUCGUCAUCAUCAGUACCUCCUUUAACACAAUCAUCAACAACGAUAUCAUUAUCAACACCAUUGCCUGUGUCGGAUCAUACACAUUUUGCAAAUACUACUCCUGCAUAA